GAGUGCUUGUCGAGGCUCGGAGCAUGGUGGCCGCCGCCUGAGCAGCCCGCAUGGCGGCCGCGCUGCUGCUGCUGUGCCUGUUCUUCGCGAGCAGCGCCGCCGAGGAGCCGCAGCUGUCGCGCUGCCCGGAUCCGUGCCGAUGCACGGGACUCACGCUGGACUGCAGCCACCGAGGCUUGCGCGCUGUGCCGCGCCCGCUGCCUCAGGACGCCCGCAGGCUGGACCUGGAAGGGAACAACAUCAGCGUGAUCGGCAAGGAUGACUUCCGAGGAAUGAACAAGCUUCGAAUCUUGCAUCUGAUGGAGAACGAGAUACACACGGUGCAUCGGGGCGCCUUCGCCGACCUCACGUCCAUGGAGAGGCUGCGCCUGAACAACAACAAGCUCAGGAGCCUGCCGGACACGCUCUUCGUGACAAUGGUCAACCUACAGCGACUGGACCUCAGCCAUAACAAGCUUGCUGCGCUGGGGGAGAAGAUGCUCCGAGCUUCCACGCUACUAAAAAACCUCCAGGUGGACGGCAACGAGAUUUCCUGUAUUGACGACGCAGCCCUGCGUGGCCUGAGAAAUAUGGAAAUCCUGACGCUUAACCGGAACAACCUGACGACGCUGGGAAAGGACUUAUUCGAGAACAUGAAGAAGCUGCGGGUUGUGCGACUGUCGGAAAACCCGCUGUCAUGCGACUGCCGGCUGUCCUGGCUGGCCUCGUGGCUGCGGCGUCACCCGCGGCUGGGCCUCUUCACUCGCUGCAGCAUGCCGCCCUCGCUCAAGGGCAAGGCGGUCGCCGAACUGCACGAGGACGACAUGACCUGCGACACCGGCUCGGGACUUCCGUGGCCGCGCCCGGUCACCGGAGGCUGCCAGCGCGCUAGCGCGUGCCCCUUUCCUUGCACCUGCAUGGACGGCGUGGUGGACUGCCGCGACAAGGGGCUCACGGCGCUGCCGCAGCACAUACCUGAAACGACCACUGAGUUGCGGCUAGAACAGAACCAAAUCACGGAGGUCCCCUCGCAAGCUUUUGCGCACCUAAAAUGGAUACGUCGAAUCGAUCUCAGCAGCAAUGUUAUAUCGAAAGUAGCCCCUGAUGCCUUUAGUGGGCUCAAGUCAUUGACAUCAUUAGUCCUCUACGGGAACCGGAUAUCAGAUCUCCCUCCUGGUAUAUUUCAUGGCCUUACCUCCCUCCAACUGCUGCUGCUGAACGCCAACCGGAUAUCAUGCAUAAGGAAAGACACGUUCAGGGAUCUCCGGAACCUGAAUUUGCUGUCUCUUUAUGACAACAGCAUCCAGUCACUGGCCAAUGGGUCAUUUGCUCCAUUGAAUAACAUCCAAACGCUACACUUGGCGCGCAACCCAUUCAUCUGUGACUGCAACCUUCGCUGGCUAGCAUUGUACCUUCACCAGCACCCGGUGGAGACGAGCGGCGCACGCUGUGAGGGACCGAAACGUAUGCACCGCCGUCGCCUGUCCAUACUGGGUGACACAAAGUUCAAGUGCAAAGGUUCGGAAGAGCACAGGACACGCUUGGCGGGUGACUGUGUUGUGGACCGUGACUGCCCAGAACAGUGUGUCUGCGAAGGCACCAUCGUCGACUGCUCGCGCAAGGGUCUUCGUGAGAUUCCUACCGACUUGCCCACCUUCACCACAGAACUGAGACUCAACGACAACCACAUUGUGAAGGUCCGGAAUAGUGGAAUUUUCAAGAAACUGCCGAAUUUGAACAAACUUGACUUGCGCAACAAUGCCAUCUCUGAAAUCGAAGACAACGCUUUUCUUGGUGCAGAACAACUGGCAGAUUUGCUUCUUACAGAGAACAAGCUCAAGCAAGUGCGUGCUAAGAUGUUCUCGGGCCUGAUUCGGCUGAAGACCCUGAUGCUGCGCAGCAACCUGCUGACGUUCAUUGCCAACGACACAUUUGCGGAUUUGGAUUCCGUACGUCUCCUGUCGCUGUAUGAUAACAAGAUCCGGUGCAUUGCACAGGGCUCCUUCGAACGCAUGUCAUCCCUGGCGACCCUGAACUUGCUGGGGAACCCACUUCACUGUAGCUGCCACCUACGCUGGCUGUCUGAGUGGCUGCGGCGCAGUGACAUGGUUACUGGCAGCCCACGUUGCCACUCACCGGCACGUCUCAAGGACCUGCCAUUGCAGGAUGUCGAGCCUAAACAGCUUGUCUGCUCAGAGGAAGACCUGCACGAGGGAUGUGGCUCGGAUGAACUCUGUCCUCGUGGCUGCACGUGUGUCGGCCAUGCAGUCCACUGCUCACGACAGCGGCUGCGCCAGCUGCCCAAGCACCUGCAGCCAACCACCGUUGAACUGUACCUCGACGUGAACGACAUAACAGAGAUACCGAAGGAGCUGAAUCUGCUCAAGGAUGUCACAAGAAUAGACCUCAGCAACAACCAGAUAUCGAUUCUGCCAAACAACAUCUUCUCCAAUCUAUCCAGGCUUUCAACACUCAUCCUUAGUUACAAUAAACUCCAGUGCAUCCAGGUUGACAGCUUCUCUGGCCUAAAGUCCCUGCGAAUUCUGUCACUGCAUGGAAACGACGUGUCAAUAAUACCAGAGGGCACCUUUCGGGACCUGCAGUCUAUCACGCACAUAGCCCUUGGUGCAAACCCACUCUACUGCGACUGCAGCCUUCGCUGGCUGUCUGACUGGAUCAAGAAGGACUACAUUGAACCAGGAAUUGCACGCUGCUCCGAGCCUGCAACCAUGAAGGACAAGUUGGUGCUCACAGCUCCCUCGAACCACUUUGUGUGCGCCGCCAAACCUGAACCGGAUGUGUUGGCCAAAUGCGACGCUUGCUACACAUUCCCGUGCCAGAACGGCGCCACGUGCCGCGCCGUGCCGCUGCGGGACUACGAGUGCGUGUGCCCACCUGGUUACCAUGGCCGGAAUUGUGAAUAUCUUGUGGAUGCUUGCUAUGGCAACCCCUGUGAGAAUCAUGGCACCUGCAAAGUUCUCGAAGCAGGGCGUUUCAGUUGCCACUGCCCAAUAGGCUUCCAAGGGGACCGGUGCGAGACUAACAUCGACGACUGCUACAAGAACAAGUGUGAAAACAACGCCACUUGCAUCGACGCAGUUGGAAGCUACUCAUGCUCCUGUGCACCUGGAUACAUUGGAAACUAUUGCGAGAAGAAAAUAAAUUUCUGCAGUAAGGAAUUCAACCCAUGCAAGAACGGCGCCACAUGUGUUGAUCACAUUACAUACUACACGUGUGCUUGUGCACUGGGCUUCGAGGGUGUGAACUGCAGCUCCAAUGUGGAUGACUGCGCUGAACAGCCAUGCCUAAAUGGUGCCACCUGUGUGGACGGUAUCAACAGCUACGACUGCGUGUGUCCACGUGGUUUCGGUGGGGCACACUGCGAGCUUGCACCCAUGGUUGCCAUGCUGUACCCGCGCACCAGCCCUUGCCAGCAGCACGACUGCAAGCAUGGUGUCUGCUUCCAACCAGGAGGCACUGGUGCCGACUAUGUGUGCAAGUGCAGCCCAGGCUUCACAGGCCGCCGUUGCGAGCUGUUGUCGAGUGUGAGCUUCCGUGAGGACUCGUUCCUCGAGUUUGAACCGCUCCAAACUCGGCCCCGUGCAAACAUCACUCUCAAACUGGCCACACACCGUGAGUCUGGCGUCAUUGCCUACACCGGUGAAGGCCAACAUCUGGCUGUCGAGCUGUUCAAGGGGCGCGUGCGGGUCAGCUACGAUGCAGGCAACUACCCAGUAUCAACCAUGUUCAGCUUUAAGACCCUGCCUGAUGGUGAUUACCACUCACUCACUCUCGUUGUCGAGAAGAAGAAUGUAACGAUGAUGGUGGAUGGUGGUCCCACUCGCUCUGUGGUCAAUGAGGGCCCCCGUGAGUACCUGGAGUUGUACACACCACUCUAUGUGGGUGGACUGCCAGCGGAUGUGGCUGCCGCCGCUCUGCGCCAGUGGCAUCUGCGCAACACAUCCAGCUUUCUUGGCUGCAUGAAGGAAUUGUAUGUGAAUGACAAGCCGAUGGACCUGAUGAAUGCACGCAAGCAACAGCGUGUUUCGCCUGGUUGCACGGAGUAUGACGACCCCAAGCCAUGCAAGAACCACCUCUGCAAGCGCGGGAAGUGCAUACCAGUUGAUCGAUACAACUAUGAGUGCAGCUGCCGCAGUGGCUGGAACGGGCCAUUCUGCGACCAGGCUCCAACAUGCCAGAAGGAGCAGUAUCGUGACCACAUUGAAGAAGACGGCUGCCGGUCACAGAAGAAGGUCAAGAUGGCCGAGUGCAUCGGCUCAUGUGGUGACCACUGCUGCCGUGCUCACAAGACCAAGCGGCGCAGCAUCAAGAUGGUGUGCCCAUUGGGCAGAACGUACACCAAGCAUGUGGAAGUGGUGCGCAAGUGUGGCUGCUCGCGCAAGUGCUGAGGGCUCGACAGACGUGCUUGCGUUGCAUAGGGCUGCUGCCGUGGGUCUCCGCUCAUUAUUGUGUACGCCAAGCCGGUACACCGCGCGAGCAGCUACACAACCCGCCAUUUUUGUUCCUAUCAGUGUGCACAGCGCUGAUUCAAAUGGGCUGGACGUGCUUCUGCCUCAAAAGUUUGAAUUGGACAGCUAUUCCCAGGAUCAGUGUUGCCAACCAAUGGUUCUUGCGCCAUUUUAGUGGAGCCUGUAGAAGGGUCAUUCUGCAUUUGGUUUGCCUCUGUGCAAGUCUAGAUGCUUCGCCGUUGUGUAAUUCUGCCACUUUGCUCCUCUAAUUGGCUCUAAAGUAGAUCAUGCCCUUUCUAAUUGGCUGCGAGAAGAAAACAUGGUAGAAUGUCUGACGCAGCAAAACUUCCAGGGCAGCAUCCCAUAAUUAAUGACACCUAUUUCAAGCACAGCAACUGUGGUACAAUCUGUAACAGUCACAAAAAGAUUGCAUUUGGUGGGCUUUUUAGUGGUCAUGCUGAUAUUCUUUAUCCUGCUCUAAGAUUCACUAUCUAAUUACAUUGGUCAGAACACAUACAACCCUGUACUUCAGAACAUCAAUCUGAUUGGUUCAACAUUUCUGUGGAGUUUAUAAAGGAAGUUAGUUCUGCAGUGAUGUCAAAAAAAUAACAAAGCAUGUAUGCCUAGUGGAGUUCUCUUAGGGCACCUACACUUAUCUGAGAUAUGUGUUUUGAGUAUUCUAGCCCUUUCAGAAAAUUGCCCCAAUAUUGUGAUCAUAAAUUCCCUGAAGCACCAUUCCUGUUACGUGUUCCAGGCAUUUCCUGAGCUAUAUUUAGUUGUGGCCAUCUGAAAGAUUAACAUUUUGCUCAUAGCAGGACAUGGGAGAAGGACAACCAAGAAGUGAGAAUCCGUCUGUUGGGUCCUUUAUCUGGUUUUUGAGAAGUUAAGCAGGCUCUGUUCCCAUUUCGUAUUAUCUGUAGAUGUAAUGGCACAAGGACGUCCAUGAAUUGCUCACUGCUCUGGGGACCAAAGUGGCAGUCGACACGGAAUCUGAACCGGCACAAUUAUUUUCAACGUUUGGCAGCCUGUAGUUUGUAGUUUAUUUUUUUUUUUGUUGUUGUUAUUGUCACGCGCUCAUUCUUUCCAUCCAGUGUACUUUUGUUUUCCUCUUUCCUUAUAUUUGGUGUUGUGAUUAGCUUUAUGUGUUAUUUAUAUCUCUAAGGUUCGUGUUUUGAAAGCCAAAAUUACUCACGCAGCUGAUGUACUACUUGUUAGCUGCUCUUUUCAUGGAAAGCUUUAAACUAUCUUAUCACCACAAGAAUGUAUAGAAUCUCAAGUUACUACCAUAUCUGGCACAGCUUGUGCUUUGACGGGUUGAGCUUUUUAUGUAAUGUGAGAAAGAGUUGUCUCAACUCUGUGAAGCCAAUGUUGCUUUACCAAUGUUGUUACAAUGAAUUCAUUGACUUGGUAGUGCUAAUUGUAAGCAUUUUACAUUCGAUGUGAAUCUAUGGACUUUAAUGGUGCAUUGUGUCUGUAUGUGGUGGCCUUCAAUAUUAGUUGAAAUCUAUGGCAGCUGUAGUGUUGCAGUUUUGAACUUCCUGCUUGAACAACUCACUGCCAAAGGGUGAAAUUGAAAACAUCAAAACUUGAGCUAUCGCUAUGUGGCACCAGUCUGUUUUGUGGGUAUCAAGACCGCUUCAAAAUGAGUGGCAUAGAGUCAGUGCCAAAGAAAAAUGAGCACUGCUUGUAUUCAGCAAACUGUACACGGCAGCUACCUGAAAGGUACUGAAGAUGGAAGCUCAUUUAGAUUGGCAUAAAUUACUCUUCUGCAAUAUCAAAAAGGUUAGUCUUUUGAUGAACAAAGAUCUGGAAAGCCAGAAAAUUCACAAGACUGAAAGCUGGGUAGCAACACUAUAUUGAAGUCCUCAUGGUAGCUCGGCAUGAAAUCAAGGGUUUCGACAGCAUCUGUGUGGGGCUAGCUGAUUGUUUAUCAAUAAACAAAGAUGACAUUGCCUUUUAAAGGAACCGAAUGCUUACAAGACUUUUUUGUUUAUAAGUAGUCUAAACACACAAAAAAAGAAUUAUAUAUAUAUAUAGUGAAAUCCAUGACGUUGCACCGACAUACUGCCACCGCAGUUUGAAUGCAAGAUUCAGAAGCCUUGGCCUUCAUCUUUUUUUCUGCUACUAGUAUUAAACCUUUUUUUUUUGAACAAAUAAAUGCAAGUAUAGAUUUCAGAAAAUGCUUCACUAGUUCAAAAUUAAUUUAGUGUUUGUUUAAGUGCCUUAAGAGAACACAUUAAAUCAGGUUAGACAGUUAGACUGGUAGAUUAUGCACCUGGCACUAUUUGCAAGCUCAUUCAAUGGAAAGGGUUGGCUUAUUGGUGAUGAAAAUGAAUACUGACCCUCCUUUUAUACAUUAAUUACAAAUAUAUACAUCAACACUUAUGCAUAGUGGCUAGCCAAAGUGGAAAUUCAAUUUUACGUUGUUGCCUUGUGCAGUACACACCUCUGCUCUGAUUAAAUGUCAGUCACUUACUGUUUCAAAAGUGUGACCUACCCAUCCACCCAAACUGUUGUUUUAUUUAGUGUCCAUUUAAAGUUUCUUGUGCAUAGCCUGAAAACAGACACAACAUUGCUUCACGAAGUGGUUGUUUAAAAGUGUUUUUUGAUGAAUUGCUAGUAGUACCAUGUAUUACCAUUCCUCAGGAUUGUGCAGUUAUUUCUUAUUGUGAAAACGCCGUCCGAAGCACUACUUGGUUUUAAACCAUUGUUCUUGAUGGCUAUGACAGAAGUGACGCCUCUCUAUCAUACUGUACCACAUCUGUCACUGUACACCUCUACAAGAGUUCCCUAGUAGGCCAUGGAAAACUGAUGGCAUAUAUAUUUCCAUCAGCAGACCUUUACUACCAGUGUAAGCUAAUACUCUUCACAAUGCUAUUUCAAAACCUGCUUAAUUAUGUUUUCAAGUGAUCAAGGUGCUACUAUGAACUGAUGUGACCAUGUCUCUCAGUCUCAUCUGCAGCAUGCGCAUGUUGCCGUUCCUUUCCAGGAUAGGUUGACACAAGUUUGAAGUUGGGCUAAGAAUGUUAAAAGUGUCGGCUGUCACAUUAGAACGUGAGGUACUUGUCUGUAGUUCUCACAAAACAUCGGCUUCACAGAGAUGACGCGGUAGCAGAUGCUGCUUAAUUUUCAUACCAUCAAGCAGGCUCAACACAUUUCAUGCUAUUGAAAGCAUUGGUGGUGCUGCAGUAUCUGAACAGACCAAGAGCUCACAUUUUCCCAUUCAUCUAAGCACUGUCGGGUUAGCAUGAUAGUGACAUUUUGACGGGUUUUGUAAAGGUCGCAAUGCUGCUUUUUUCGUUUUGCACCUGCAUCCCCAUUUCGGCCUUGAUCGCACUUCAGUCAAGCUGGUCAUAAAAGAAACUGCCAUCACUGUUCACAGGUAUUUUAGGGCCUGGUUAGCUGUAUAGAAAUCAGUUGAUGCAUAGCAUUUUGUGAGAUGAUGAUCUUUCUAACAUUGUAAAAAAUAUUCAAUGCAGAAGUAUCAAUCAUAUUGAUGCAUUGCUGAGUGCAAUGUGCAGCAUUAUGUGCAUCACCCAAGAAUGUCAGCUGGUUUUCCAUGGCUCUCACCCUUCUUAUUCACCAGCACUUUUACUUAUGAGGCAAUGAAGAUGGCACUAAGACAGUAUUGAUGCUAUUAAGUUGGAAAAUCCACAUGGUGGCUUGUUUUGUUAUACUUCUACUCCGAUAAACAAGUGCAGGAUCCUUCAACUUGAAGUGUAACUACUUGUUGCAUAUGUAGACGAGUAUUGUACCAUACUGUGAAAUUUUAGGCAUUCAACACAUUCUCCUGAAAAGGCCGUUAACAUUGAAUUGAAUAUUGGUAAACACCUCCAAGUGAUGUUAAAUCUUUUAGGUUCUUGGCAGCCGCAACAGAGCAGGAUGCACAAAAGUAGCUCGCAUGUGAUGGGUGUUAAAUAUGGAGCCUCAGUUUGCCAGUUUAGGACAUGAACAACAUUGAAUGUGUGGAAGCAGCUUCAUCAUGGAUGUUUAGUGUAAAACGUCAUGACUUAUGACAGAAAAAGUAUGAUGCGUAGAGUUGUGCUUAUGUAUGGUAAUGCCACUGCCUCACCAGUCAGUAAUUUUGGCAUGUUUUGAACCAUCACAGCUACUUUUAUUUAGCAUAGAGUUUCAUAUGUGGUCUUAUAGUUGUAUGGCACACUAUAUAGUAUUCAUUUCUCUGUAUAUAAAUGCCUCAUUCAAAGAUUAUAUAUAUAUAUGUAUAUGCCGCUAACUGACAGUGUCUACAAACAUUACAUGGACAUUGUGUACACUAAUUAGUUUAUUCCCUUUCUUGCUAAUGAGUGUGUAUAUAAAAGACUGUAGAAGGGUCAAUAACAACAUUUGUACUAUUGUCUUGAACAAACACAAAUUAAGCAAUUAGCGUUGCACCUACUACCCUUAUACUUUUUCUGCCCAGGACCAGGCUUUUGCUGGUGGUAACUUGAUUGGCCAUUCUUGUAGACAUGAGUGUUGGGGAGUUGUCUUACUUUUUCACUUGAAAAAAAAAGUUUGUCACCAUCCUGCCAUUGAUUUCUACACAUUGGUGUCUCUAUGCAAGGAAAAAGUCACUAAGUCUAUGAUUCAGAGAAAUCUUGAAAUGCGGCACAUAUCUUAAGCACAAAGAGGGACACCAUGUGCCACCUCUUUUGCACAGAUUGAACCAUUGUAUUGUUGGACAGAAAACCUCAAUGAACUUCUCUUCAUGCUUUGUCUUAUAGUAUUUAAUAUUUUUCUUUAACAUUACUGUAGUAUUUUUCCACAGCCUUUAGGCACUUCCAUGCAACUAUAAUCUCUCAGGGUAAAACAUUGGCAGUCGCAGAACUUUACAUCAUGACCUUUCUCCAUGAUGCAACUAUUCUGGCCUCUUCUGUUUUUGGCAUUGGUGCUUUCUAAUUUACUCUUUGGACCAUAGGUAUAAAGGUUAUAAACAGGGAAUAGGAAAUCUAUAGGAAAUCGAUAGAUUUCCUAUCGCACUGCACUGACAAGCCCCACACAUACCCACGAUGCAGAAAUGACAUAUUCAUAAUAUGGGGACAUGGUCAAGAUAGUCUAGAUAAAGAUGUAGCAUUUCUAAAUUCUUUUCACCGAACAAUAAAAUUCGCAUCAGAGUCUUCAACUGAGCACAUAAACUUUCUGGACACAACAAUAUACAUUGACAAUGGGGCACUAAAGACAACGCUGUAUAGGAAACCUUUCAACAAAUAACACUGCCUAGAAUAUACGAACUGCCAUCCCAGACAUUGCAAACAAGGCAUCUUUAAAGGCCAAGCCACACGACUACAUCGCAUAUGCAUUGAAAACCAAGACUACACAGAUAGACUCGAUCACCUUAAAGAAACCCUAUCAAACAGGAACCGCCCAAACAGUGCCCUUAAAAAAGCCUACACCGAUGCAACCAAACUUAAUCGAGCCGAAGUCCUCAAGCCCCGCCCUAGGAUCAUAAGAACAACGCCUCCUCUUACUACUAAAUUCUCAAACACACUCCCAAAUGUGAACAACAUCCUCAGCAAAUACUACCCAAUUCUCACCAGCAACCACAAACUUAAUAAGAUUUUUCCCGAAUCACCCAGAGUAGCCUACAGACGCAACACUAACUUUAAGUAUAUUCUUGUGCAUGCCAAACUUAGGACAAAGACGAAGUUGGUAACCAGUCCCUGUGGCCGCCCCAGGUGCUUUACAUGCAAACAUAUUCGAUCUACUACUAGAGUAAAAAGUACAGCGUCGAAUUACUCACACAAGGUAAAUUUGAGUUUCACCUGCACAUCAAGCAACAUAGUCCACUGUCUAGAAUGUGCCGCUUAUAGCAAACACCACAUAAGUGAGGCUGGUAACAAAUUCAUACAAGACUCAACGGUCACCGCGCGGACACUAAACACAAUUUACCUAAAGCAGUAGCCAGCCACUUUAAUGAACAUGGUCAUAUAUUCGACAAAGCAAGGCUGUAUAUACUACAACCAAAUUUCCGUUCCCCUCGCGAAAGGAAAUAUACGGAAUCAUACCUUAUACACAAGUUUAAUUGCCUACACCCGACGGGAAUUAAUUUGGCACGCGGCAACUUAGAAUCUUUAAAUGCGGUAAUUUAAAUCUGAAAUUCUCAUAUCAACCAAGGCACUAAACACAUUGUGCCACCAGCUAAGCUUAAUUCUUAACCUCACCUAUUCCUCUAUUUCCAAUAUUUUUCUGCCUACUACUCAAUUUAAUAUACACUUUCAUGUUUUUACAUUUAUAUCAACUACUAUACGACCUCUUUUCCCAUGUACACCUGCCCCUGCCCGCUUCUACUCAUGUCACCCUCCUAUUUGUUAUUCCGGUUUGGGUUCCCCUCCUUUUCUUUUGUCUGUUUUUAUUAUAUAUAUUUUUUGAAACACCCUCACCAAUACAUUCUAAAGUCGCAGACGCCAGCAUACCUUUUUCGGUGCCUCAGCCACACAGGGUAUCGCCAUUUCUGUAUACCGCCAUAACGACACCUAUGUUGAGCUACUGGGGCUAACGUCCUUUGAAAGACCAUGCCCCUGCCUUCCAGUUAUCCCGUGCAUUGCACCCCAGACUCCUUGUCGCCAUCUUAACUCUUUCAAAAUUACCCGAUGCAUUGCUGCUACGCUACUGAAGUCAUUCUUUCAACUGAUGUUUUUCGGGUCUUUCUUGUUACUCGCGCACUGACCGCCUGACCAGCUCUUCUAAAGCCACAAAAACAUGCCACUAACGACAUCCCUGAAUGCUCCCUAACCUCUCGCUUCUCCAACGCCCUCCCACGCCCUUUUUUUUUUCUUUUCCUGUUCUUUUUUCCCUGUUGGUGUCUUUUCCUUUCUUCUUUUCUUUAUUUUCUUUUAUCCCCACCUUCCCACUCUCCCGCUUUUGUCCCCUCGUCUUAGGAACCACACUUACAGACGUCAGAUGACAGCGCUCAUUCUCUUUGAAGUCUCUCCCUUUAAAACCAGCUGCCACCAACUACAACCGCAUGUGACGUCACUCUACUAACCCUUUAAAACUAACAUGCCGAAAAUGAUGAGGCUGCCUUUAACGAAGAUCGGUCCUCCUAUCGAAAUAUUGGCCAGCCUUUCUGAGGCACCUUAUCCCUGUUUAUAACCUUUAUACCACAGUGUGCUAUUCCAUCUGGCAGCCCCUUUCUUGACUGUGGACCAUAGCGUUGCACCCAAUUCUCUUUCAUAGGGAUCAUGCAAUUAUAGAAGCUACCGCUAAACUUUACUCUUUCUGUGUGUCUUUUUUUAUGCAUCUUCUUCAAGCACUGUGCACUCCAAGAUCAAAAGCAAAAAAAGCACUGAUGAAAAUAAUUAUAUUUAAAAUGUGUCACAUACAUAUUGAAAAACUUAUCAUUGGACUUGUGCUGCUAGUUUAAAUUAUAUUUGUAAAGUGUUUCAGCGAAAUGAGAUGUAAGGAUGGUUGUUUGCUCUCAGCAUCAGUAUGUUGACCAUCAUGUAGCAGGUUCACUUCUUUCCUUAUUUUUAACAAUGUUUUAUAUCAGGAACAUAUCUCCUGACAGGAUAGCUUCUUCCCAAGUAUGCUAGACAUGAAGUCAUUGACGUUAACAUACCUCAUGUUCCUGUAGAGAGAUCUUGCAUGGAGACGACAUUCCGUAAACUUGACAAGGCUUACUAAAGAAUCAAAAGUUCUUAAUCUGUCCUGCAGCUAUGUGCUCUUCAUAAUUGUUAAGAUGCCAGAAAUGUGGUGAAAUAAAUUUUCAAUUAACAGAAAUAAUUGGUGGCUGAAGAGGAUAUGCCUGCUGAAGGGCAUAUGCCCUUUUAUGCCACCUCUUCCUUUUAACACUACGCCUGUGCUCCUGUGGUGGUACAGUAUGCAUUGCUAGCCAACAGCAAUUUAACUGAUGUACAUUCAUGGUGCUGCCUGUUAUGGGCCUCUAGUAUCAAAAUUUUCUGACAAUAGUGCAAACUGUAUUAAUGACCCUUAUAGUUGCUCUUGGAUCGGAGGUCAAAUUUGUGGCAAAAGCAUUUACAUCGUCAAUGAUCUACAGAAAUUGAGCUCCUGGUUUUGUACAGUGAAUAUUUCUUUGUUUGCAGAGCUUGUUUCCUACCGACUCUGUGGUAGUCGGCGUUUUUUUUUUUUCCUUUUUCCUAUGGGAGUAAAACAUGAAGUUACACAACCAA